AGUCAAUCCAGCAUGGUAUUUUUGGGGAAAAGCAGCGGGAGCAGGACAAAUCACAGAAACUGGAUAUCUUUGCUCUGGUGCACGAGUCAAUCAUUAACAUCCACGCGAUACAGUGAACUUCAACCUCCCAUAAUCCUUCUGGUUUUAACGCUUCAUUGGGAUCAAACACGGAACGAGCCUGUGAGAAGAACGGAUAAAGCAAGACAAGUAGAGAAAAGAUAUGACUGAGGGAUCAUCACCAGUAAGAGUCGGAAUUGUGGGAUACGGACAUUUAGGUCAGUUUCUGGUGGAUCGCCUGCAGAAGGAAGGUCUUGAAUUUGGACUCAGUUUGGCUUUUGUUUGGAAUAGAAAUGCAGAUAAACUCAGUGGCUCGGUUCCUGAUGAUCUCAUACUGACUAAGCUCUCGGAGUUUACGCACAAAAAUGCUGACGUGAUAGUGGAGGUCUGUCAUCCACAGAUAGUGAAAGAUUUUGGAGCACGAUUCUUAUCACAUUCACACUUCCUGGUGGGCAGUCCCUCGGCUCUGUCAGACUCUCAACUAAAUGAUGAGCUCCAACUGGCAGCAAAGCGGCAUGGACACACACUCUAUGUGCCCAGUGGCGCAUUAUGGGGUGGGCAGGACAUCCAGAGACUGAACGACAGUGGAUUAUUAAAGGCCGUCUCCAUCCGUAUGUCCAAACACCCCUCCUGUUUCCGGCUGGCUGGAAACCUGCUCUCUGAUUGGUCGGAAGGAGAAGGGAGGCGUGUGAUUUUUCACGGCUCGGUAGCUGAACUCUGUCCCCUCGCCCCUAACAACGUGAACACCAUGGCGGCAGCCGCCGUCGCAGCGUCGACCCUGGGCUUCUGUGGGGUCACUGGACAGAUCGUGUCAGAUACAGCUCUGGCUGAUUAUCACCUUGUGGAGGUGGAGGUGACAGGGUCAGACGGCUUCUCUGUGAAAACGGUGAGACGUAACCCGGCCAAACUGGGAGCAGUUACAGGCAGCGCCACCUACAGUUCGUUCUGGAGCAGUUUACUGAUUUGCAGAGGGCAUGGAGGAAGAGUUCAUCUGUGCUGAAAGGGAAGAGGACUGCUGCAGAACACCACACGGACACACAGACAGAAAGAAAC